AUGGACCAUCUCUCUCGACACCAGAUAGCUGACGCUUACUUGGUAGCUAUCCUCUCGAUGGCUUGCGUCUGCCUCUUCAUCGCCCUCAAGUUUCAUCACUCGUGGUCGCGCGAGGCAUGGUUGGUCUUCUUGAUUGGAGGAUGGAUCAUGUUAGAGCUGAUAGCUUUGAUUCUCUUCUCCCUUGAAGUUAGCCAGAAGGCCAAACUGCCACGGGUUCUUUCAAGUUCCAUUUAUCUUAUUUUGGCAAUAAUGUCCCUGUGGGGAGUUGCCAUAGUUCAGAUUGUCGCGAUUACGUAUACAUUCGCAGUUAUAGUCAAGAAAGAUUGGCUAUGGAAAUGCCUUGUCGUUCUCGAGUGCAUCGAAGUCAUACUGGUUGUUAUCUUGGCACUGGUUCCAAACGUCCUUGCACCUCUUGAACUUGCCUACAUCGCACCAAUUACUUGUCAAAUAGUCACCCUCGGCGUAUUGUAUCUUGCUUCCCGGGGUGUCCCAUUUGAGAGAAAUCGAAUGAUCAAUCACUUAUCAGUGUUGGGCUUGUGUGUCAUCUUGAUCUCAGGAACGUGGGUUAUCGGCUUCCGGAGGGCUCUCGCCGAAACUCUCACGCAGAUGAAGGCUCAGAACUCGAAUUGA